GGGGUUCUUUUUCUGUUCGCUCUCUUUCCUUUAUUCCAUCGGCAAUGCAGAUCUCGUUCUAUUCUAUCUACUAUCCGUAUUCGGAGCUGAAAAGCAGGCAGAUUGGGAGCGCGGGUCAGCCUUGGUCGUUAAGGAUGGGCUUAUUUUUUCUUUGAAUUUUUUUUUUCUGGAGAAUAACGAAAGGGAUACUAAUUUGUUUAAGUCUUCACCAAACAAAAUUCAUUCAUGGAGGCCAUGUUGACAAAAGGGAUACUAAUUUGUUUAAGUCUUCACCAAACAAAGUUCAUUCAUGGAGGUCAUGUUGAAGACGUUCUUGAAUUUGGAUACUAUUGUGCUUUCAUUAUAUAUGCACCUACUAGUGCUAGAGCUAGUGGUCCCUUCGUUGGUGAUUGGUCCGUGCUCUCGCGCGACACAGGAGCAGAUAUAUCUACUCCAUUUUCUACCCACCUAGUAGAAAUGAGAUUCAUUCAAGUAGAUGUAGAAGCUACAGCUUGUCUAGUAGAACUAGAAACGGACGCGGCCACUUGUAACCUGGUGUUAUUUGACCACAUCAUGGACAUGUAAUAAAACCUGGCUGCCUAGACCUUCCAGAUCUUCGGUUUAUAGGAUCUACUAGUAUUAAGAUUAACAAGUCAUGGAUGUCGAGGACGAGAUUGACGAGAUGUCAUGAUGAAGAACAAAGAUGAUGUUUUACUAUUACUAAGUCUUCCUCUACUGUUCCCUCCGUCUAUUACCUAUUUGAAUUUGUCUUUUGUUGAAACACUUCUUCUUCUCUCAGUCUUCCACCCAGCAGCUCGUGUUCCGAAACUUUUCGCAAUUUUUUUGUAAUAACUGAUUUUUUAUUACUGCUGGAAGUGGAAGGCGAGAGGGAUGAUUUCUAUUAAAAUUCCAGAAUAAUAUUACCAUCAUCGAUCCUAGAUCUUUGAGACACCAUCUAAAAUACUUGACCACGAAAAGCACAGAGGCAAUUUUACUGGAUGGGGAGCCUGGGCUUUGGGUUUCGUGCUUGUGAUGAUUGCGCACGUUGGCAUAAUAUACGGCGGAUUGCAUUUCCUGAGAUUUAGAGGCGCUGGAAACAAGGGACGCCAGGACAAGGCACUCACGCGAGUCUGGAGGAUGAGGUGGCAAAAUAGGCUCCUGCGCAAGAAAAUGGGGAGGCUUGGGUGUGAGCAGUAUGAUUCGGUUGAUGAGGACCUUGCACAACUGCAGUCCUCGCCAGUCUACGCUGAUUAUGGCUCUCAAACAAUACAAAUGUUUCACUUUCAUCUUUCCAACUCAUCUUACUUUCAAGGAUUUUUUUGGAAUUGCUUACUCUACUUACUCAUCUGAUUCUAAAAACUAAAACAUGAGUUUACCAUCUAGAUAGCGCGUCAGCAUCUCGUGGCACUGGCCCUAUUAGUAUCCAGUACAACUCUAGUACUGUACACCGCAGUAGACGAAGUGAAACAAAUGCUGGCAGAACAAAGUCGCAUAACCACGAAGACGAGUAUUUUUCUUCAGCCCUGCUAAUGCUAAUACGAGGAAGAAGCAGGACGAGACGGAAUUCCAUGUAGUGCUGCUGCUGCGUGUUGCGCAGACGCUACUCUCUUGAACACUUCUCGAAUUCCGUUCAGGUUGGUUCGAGUAUGUUUUCUGGUGUGGGGAUUCUUUAUCUAUCCGGUCUCUUUUCUCUAUCUAUUCGGGAGUGGUGAAUCCGUCCUACCACGUCUAGUGUCCGCAUUCUUGUUGGCAGAACAGGAGAAGCAGGUGGAUCGGGAGCGCGGGCUCUUCCUUUCAGUUAAGAAGGGACUGCUGUUUUUUUCAGUGAUUUUAGAUUUUGAUGUAGUGACACAUGCCCAGUUACUGACGCGGAACCUGUUUAAGUAUUAUAGUUACACCUAGACCUAAAGCACGAGAAGAAUGGCCUGUAUUUAUAUCUACUCUCCAUGUCAUCAGCUGCCGAAAAUGAAAGGGAUGGUAGGCCAGUCAAAUCUACUCCCACAUUAUAUAUAGUUACUUCAUAGAUUAUCGUUAUCAGCAAUAGUCAUGUUCUCGGAUUUCCGAUUCGGGGCAUGAUCAUGAUGUUGUUUUACUUCUAUAUUGACAUGAUGAUACUUCAUGAAAUAUGAAUAAUUAGUCUUUGUUCUCUUCUCGUUAUACGUUGUCCUUGUCUUCACGAUUGACUAUUAUAGUGUAGAAAGUUUUUUCGGCUCUCUUUCACUUGGUAGGUCAUGGUCCGCAAGUUAGUAGAGUUAUCAACUAGUAUCUUUUGGUUUUGACUGGCAGAGGCAGGAGUGGAGGACGUCGAAGAGAUAUCACUAAGUAAAGCUUAAAUUUAGAGAAGUAUCAUAGAGAUUGGUCAUUUAUUCUAAUAUACUUGACGAGAAACACAGCAGCAGUUUUGCCAGAUGGGGAGCGUGGGUUUUGGGUGUCAUGCUUAUGGUGAUCGCGCACGUGGGUUUCUGUUGCGGAAGUUACUUUCUACUAACGGCCUGCUUUGAUGCAGCACGAGCGAUGGGCUUUCCUUUU